GAAGACUGUAAAACCAAGCUGCCGGACAUCCGACUACUUUGUCCACGCACACAUCUUACAGGACAGUUUUCAAGGGUCAUGUUUUCCUCGGUGCUGGCGCUUGCAUUACUCCCCCUGGUUUGGGGAGCCGCAGAUCCCACCAAAGUCUGCUUACCGGACGUCUUUCAAGUCUUAGAAUACAACAUAGAGACAGGCGUAUGUAUAUGCUGACGUAAAUUUAUGUAUUUGUGAGUCGUCUUAAUAUUAUAUUUAUAGAUAUGCGUCAUUAAUGUAACAUUUAACAAUUUAUCUGACGUAGCGUAUUACUUUUUGCACUUACAGGUCAUAAAGUUGUAUAGUUUGUUUUAUUCCAUGGUAUACUUUUCUUGUUUUAUGGACAGGCGGCAUUAUCGGCAAACUGCAGAGGUUGUUUUUUUUCCGAGAACGUGGUGCGUCAAAAAUCUUGAGCCAUCCCGGGCGCCACUUACCCUAGCUACACCACUGCGUCAUAUUGAAUUAAUUACCACUACCCUAGCUACACCACUGCGUCAUAUUGAAUUAAUUACCACUACCCUAGCUACACCACUGCGUCAUAUUGAAUUAAUUACCACUACCCUAGCUACACCACUGCGUCAUAUUGAAUUAAUUACCACUACCCUAGCUACACCACUGCGUCAUAUUGAAUUAAUUACCACUACCCUAGCUACACCACUGCGUCAUAUUGAAUUAAUUACCACUACCCUAGCUACACCACUGCGUCAUAUUGAAUUAAUCACCACUACCCUAGCUACACCACUGCGUCAUAUUGAAUUAAUUACCACUACCCUAGCUACACCACUGCGUCAUAUUGAAUUAAUUACCACUACCCUAGCUACACCAUUGCGUCAUAUUGAAUUAAUUACCACUACCCUAGCUACACCACUGCGUCAUAUUGAAUUAAUUACCACUUACCCUAGCUACACCACUGCGUCAUAUUGAAUUAAUUACCACAUGUAUAAGAAAGUUUUUCUGGGAAUUGACGGAGGUUUUAAAUUGGAAGUGUUUUUUGCGCAAUGUUUUAUACGUUCGAUUUUAUUACAUUUUUUUUCGUUACUUUUCUGUGGAAAUGUAAUAAUGUUCAUUUGCUUGUGAGAAUGUAAUUAUUUCAAUGUUGCAUGUCAUCUCGAAUACGAAGCUCUUCAGAACGUGGGGGUUUAAUAUUUAAGUUAUAGAUUAAAUAUAAGUUAUAGACUGAAAUUACUAUAAAAUAGAAAGACAAGUAACCAUACAACAAUCUCCCAGGAAAGAGUUCAAAUUGCUGUUGAUUUCAAGCAGAACCUGCUCACCAGCGUCUCACCUAAUGUGACUAUAGUGGAUGAUUACGAGAAGGUAAAACAAUCUGUCAACUUUAUAAGAGAGUAGUACAACCUAUAGACGUGGUAAGAAAACUGCUACAUUUAUAGGACUGUAGUAGGAGACCUAGACACUGGAAGACAUAAGUUAAUUUAUAGAACUAUAGUGUAAGACCUGGGCAAGAGAAGACACUUGUUAACUUUAUAGAACUGAAGUGUCAGACCUAGGCAAGGGAAGACAUAUGUUAACUUUAUAGAACUAAAGUGUAAUACCUAGACAAGGUAAGACAUAUUUUAACUUUAUAUAGCCUUAGUGUAAGACCCAAGCAACGUGAGACAUUUGUUAACUUUAUAGACCUAUAGUGUAAAACCUAGACAAUUUAAGACACAUGUUAACUUUAUAGAACUGUAGUGUAAGUACUACACAAGUUAAGACAUAUGUUAACGUUAUAGACCUAUAGUGUAAGACCUAGACAAGUUAAAACAUAUGUUAACUUUAUAGAACUGUAGUGUAAGACCUAGACAAGUUAAAACAUAUGUUAACUUUAUAGAACGUAUUAUAACAUAUAGACAACCGUUUUAAUCACGACACGCGUCAAAUUCUAAACAAGGGGAUUGAACUCGGACACAUUCUGCUAAUCCGCUUAAGCACCCUUUCCGAUCGAGUAUGUGGCUCGAAAAGUUUCUCUGAACAGAUCCCCCCCCCCCGCCCCCAACCCCACCGCCUCUACUCACAUGGUGUAUGAAUUCAAAUUCUAAACAAUGGGAUUGAACCCGGACACAUUCUGCUAAUCCGCUUAAGCACCCUUUCCUAUCGAGUAUGUGGCUCGAAAAGUUUCUCUGAACAGAUCCCCCCCCCCCGCCCCCAACCCCACCGCCUCUACUCACAUGGUGUAUGAACGUCCUUAAAGUGUAAUGGCGCUGCAUCAUUAAAGACCCUAUUCACCGUCAUCUCCAACACAGAGAAGAACAGCCACCAUUGAAGAGAUGGAACUUUGGAAUAGAGAAUAAUUUUACCCAGAUUGUGGUGUUACUACCAAGUGUAACGUAUUCAAGAUAAAGCGUUAUUUAAUAAAAUACCUUCAUAGUGAAACAAAUAAAUAAAUAAAUAAAUAGGACCACACGGUCGCCCAGCAAACUCCCUAUACCAUUAUGGUUAUAAAGGUAGACAAAUCCAUGGAGCACCCAUCUACGGUCGAUAGCGGACUACGAUGGUUGAUGGUCAUGUACGGUUUCGAAUCUACACUUUUGUUAUCACUUGAUGAUAUUUUUUAAAAAUAUCUUCUGACAUGUUCCAGCUGAGGACCUACACCAUUGACGCCACUGGCAACUGCCAGUAUGUCAGCCUCUCCCCGGAAGAAGUUUAUCCCCAGUGUUUACCAGGUCAACAAUUUUAACGUUUUAAAGAAUACGGCGUAUUUUAUGUAUCACGGUGUCUAGUGUACGUCCUAUCAUAAUGGGUGUGAUUACCAUAACAUUUCAUUUACAGCAACAUCCACUUUCAUCUUAACAUCUCAUUUACAGCAACACCCACUUUCAUUUUAACAUCUCAUUUACAGCAACAUCCACUUUCAUUUUAACAUCUCAUUUACAGCAACAUCCACUUUAAUCUUAACGUCUCAUUUACAGCAACAUCCACUUUUAUCUUAACGUCUCAUUUACAGCAACAUCCACUUUCAUCUUAACAUCCCAUUGACAGCAACAUCCACUUUCAUCUUUACAUCUCAUUGACAGCAACAUCCACUUUCAUCUUAACAUCCCAUUGACAGCGAAAUCCACUUUCAUCUUAACAUCUCAUUGACAGCAACAUCCACUUUCACCUUAACAUCUCAUUUACAGCGACAUCCACUUUCACCUUAACAUCUCAUUUACAGCAACACCCACUUUCACCUUAACAUCUCAUUGACAGCGACAUCCACUUACGUUGGUGAACUUUUCAUCGGCUCUGGGCCAAGCCGUGUGCCCGCCGAGGCCUGGGACAUCCCGUUCAAAGGCGUAACCAUGAGGGUGGCCUACAGCAAUCAGCCCGGGGAGCCACGUUAUCCCUUCAUGGCGAGGCUGGUUGAUGGUUUGUACUUACAUCUCAUCCAUGGUCGUUCAAAAAAAAAAUCCGUGAUGUCUACAUUAUCGUCGAUUUUUUUGUUGGUGCUUUCCUGGCAUUAAUCUUAAUGAGAAAGUCCUAGCAAAUGUGUAUCUCAUAAAUGAAACUAUUACGUUACAACCAGUCAUUGAAAUUCGAACACGUUGCACAAAUUCGUUGAGUUUUCAGUGUUACAUUUUACAUCGACUAGAUUGAACACGCGAACAAUUCAUUAGAUUGAGACCCAAAGAGAACCAAAACAAAAUACGAGGAAUAUAACUUUGCUGUCAUCUGUCUUUUCAGCGGAGAUGAAACAAGUACCUUUCUCAUUCUUUCACUCUAUUCCCUUUUAUCUCUCCUCUCUCUCUCUCUUCCUCUGUUCCUCUCUUUCUCUCAAUCUCUACCUCUCUCUCCCUCUGCCUGCCUCGGAGCGUCAGUUUGUCUGUUUGAGGGAAUUAUUAUUAUUUUAAAAAAAAAGUUUUUAUUGCCAUCAUCUUGACAGAAAGAAGACUAUCGAACUAAACAAUUCAUAUUCUUCCAUUGCAUAAUAGAUGUAAUUGAUAAUGUAUUACAGAUUUUUAAACUAUGUCUCUCACUCUCCCACAGAUCAAGGUCUUGCUCACAGCAGCCUCUAUUUCGACCAAAGCCAGAACAUCACCGUACCAAACCCUUUCAAGAUCCCUGACCCCUGUCCACCUGCAACCGUCGGCUAGAAACAACUUCGCUAAGGAAAUUUUAAUUUUUGUGUGUUCCAUGAUGUAUUAUUGUGACUCACGUUAAUUUCAAUAUGACAUUUGACUAAAUAACUCAGUCCACAAAC